AUGAACGAGGCUACCAAUUACAUAAGAGACCUAAAGAAGAAAAUUCAAGAGCUUAGUGACAUGAGAGAUAGGCUCAGAAAGAUGCCCAAUUCAGGCUCUCCAGACAUUGUCGUCUCCGACAAUUGUACCGCGGUGGACACUGUUACAGUCCAGCCAUGUUGUGGUGGAGUACUAGUAGAGGUUGUUAUCAGCAGUGGGUUGAGGAAUGAGGAGAUUCCAUUGUCUAGGGUGCUUAGAUUGCUGGUCGACCAUGGGUUUAGUAUAGUUAGCUGUGCCUCUAAUACUGUGAAUGAGAGGUCACUUCAUACCAUCCAAUCUGAGGUCAGCGAUCUGGGAAUGGUGGAUCUAUCGGAACUGCAACAAAAGCUGGCUGAUUUUAUUGCAUCCUCCUCAAGUUAG